UGAUGUUAUAUACUGACCUUUUUGUCAAAGUUCAAUAUUACAUGGAUUGUUCUGUUAGUAAGAUACAGUAGAUGGACUACAACUGCAAUUAAAAAUUAAUCAUUCAGCCGGUCGCGAUAAAAACAAUUAUUUAACUCAAUGCGUCAACUGCUGCCACUUUGUCCGUCAACUCCUCUGCAGUGGCACAGUGACCAACUACCGCGCUCGCUGCGUCGUCAAUUUCACCAGCGGAAAGUGCCCAGAAGUGAAGCAGGCAAUAUCACGUAGGGUUCCUUACUCCCUCCAUAUCCUCGCUUCCCUCCUCCGACUUCCCGACCCAUUCGUCAAUCCUCUCUCAGAAAAUCGAAGCUUGGAAGAUCGCCCUGUUCAAACGAGGCAGGCUUGCUCCUUUCACCUUUCGAUUUCGAUUUUGGUUCCCCCUGUUCGUGUUUACCAUCUUCAGGAUUCAGGCUUCUGAUCGAGAUUGAACUGCCUUCUUCCGCAGUUGAAUUGCUGUUAGUGACUGUUCCCUCUGUUUGUGAACAUCUCUCAGGACAGGAAAUGGCUAACGCUGUGCCAGCCCAGCUCGAGCCAUGGUGCAACUUGUCAGACCAAGUGGUCCUGGUCACGGGUGCAUCUUUGGGUUUAGGCCGAGACUUCUGUCUCGACCUAGCGAAAGCCGGGUGCAGGAUAGUGGCUGCUGCUAGGCGUAUCGAUCGCCUGCAAUCUCUGUGCAGCGAGAUCAAUCAGCUCCCCUUCCCAGCCCCUCAAUCUUCUUCCUCCUCGUCAGGGAAGCCUGGUAGUGGUCUGCGUGCUGUGGCGGUGGAGCUGGAUGUAUCAGCCGGUGGUGCUGCCAUUGAUCAAGCUGUACAGAAGGCUUGGGAGGCGUUUGGGAGGAUAGAUGCAUUGGUCAACAAUGCAGGCGUGAGAGGAAGUGUAAAGACCCCAUUGGAGCUGUCUGAAGAGGAGUGGAAUCAUGUGAUCAAGACGAAUUUGACGGGGACUUGGUUGGUUUCUAAGUCAGUUGGCAUCAGGAUGCGUGAUGCGAAGGUUGGAGGUUCCAUAAUCAACAUUUCAUCGAUUGCUGGUCUCCAUCGUGGUCAAUUGCCUGGUGGUGUUGGCUAUGUUUCUUCAAAGACGGGAGUUAAUGCCAUGACUAAGGUGAUGGCGCUGGAGUUGGGGGUGUACAAGAUCAGGGUCAACUCAAUAUCGCCUGGACUUUUCAAGUCCGAGAUCACCAAAGGUUUGAUGCAGAAAGACUGGCUCACUCGGGUUGCUGAGAAGACGGUUCCUCUACAAACAUAUGGAACUGCAGAUCCGGCAUUGACAUCGCUUAUUCGAUACCUAAUCCAUGAUUCGUCGCAGUAUGUGACGGGCAAUAUCUUCAUUGUGGAUGCUGGAGUCACCUUGCCAGGGGUCCCUAUUUUCUCUUCACUUUGAGAGAGAAAGAAAGCUUGUACGUAUCAUAAUAGUAUAUCAUAGUCUGGUUUUAGUCACAUUUGUUAAGAGUCCACUCUGGGUUGGUUUCAGAUUUGGGAUCGAACUCUGUGUUCCAUAAAUUGCCAAACAUUUGGAGCUCCUACUCCCAUUUUUACUUUAUUACAUUAUUCUUACUGUGGUUAGGGGCUACUUCCCACUCUCCACUCCACACCUUGCUGCCUGUGAAAAACAAACUCAGAAAGCCAGCAGUUGGCAUCUAAGCUGCAGAACUCAUGUUAGCCUCUAAGCUGCUGCAGCUCUGAAGGACUGAGACCUUGAGCUGGCCAAGUGAGUCUCCUGGCGGUUGAACUUCAACUUCCUGGCCUCCUCCGGCGAUACCCUCCACGCGUUGGCCAAAACGUCAGCCGGUAUAGCCCUGAUGGCGGAGGUCCGUCCGGCGAUCGAGUUGACCAUGGCGUUGUCGUUGGUCUUGAAAGAUACCCACUCGAACCUGUCGCUCUCGCAGCGUUUCACCACCGCGAAGUUCUGGGGCACCGUCAGCACCUGUCCCUCGCGCAGCUCGCCGUCGAACACCGAGUUGCCGUUCUCGUUCACAAUCUGGACUCUGGCCUGCCCUCUGAUGGCGUAGAUUAUGCUGUUGGCGUUCAGGUUCCAGUGCCAGUCUCAUGGCUUCCUACAAAUUUGAGUUCCAAAGAUGGUUAGUUAAUCGGGGGAAUGAAAUGAGGAAGCCGCAGAGGGAGAAGUGGGGUUACGUUGUAAAGAACACCCCUCUCAGCGCUGAGCUGGAUCCAUCGGAGGACGGGGAGGUUGUGGCUGUUGACGGUGGUGAUGCGGCCGGCUUCAGGAGUAGUAAU